CAGGAAGAGCAUAUUCCGGCCGGGGUGCAGCUUCUUUUUCUCACAGUCACUGAGCAAUAUAUAGCCUCGGGUGCAGUUACGUGUAGACGGCAGAUGGCUGGCACAGACUGACCGGCGAAGGCAAGCGUGACGAGACGGGCUGCUUUUAUUUUUGUUUUGCCAGCCGGGUUUCGUCAUGCGUAUUCGGAAGAGCACCCACACGGGCGAUCUAUACUGUCGGAGGUUUUUGUGACAGGCAAAAAAUGGGCCCGGGCCCCUUAGCCGAAUGUUUCCGAUCUUAUCUUUUGUGAACGCUUAUCACUGGCCUUGCCACUUUGCUUUUCUCCUGUGUUUGCUCUAAUUUACACUUUUAUUCAACACGCUUUUUUAUUCACAUUGGCCGCCUCUUUCAAAUCAGCCAUGGCUCUCAACCUGACUCUGCGCUCCGCCUGGAACUCGCCCUCGAUGAAGGGCCUUGCCCUGCGCGGUAUCACCACGACAGCAGCUUCGCGCAUGGCGGCGCAGAAGCCCGACAACCUCAAGAAGUUCAAGAUCUACCGGUGGAACCCGGACACGCCUGCCGAGCAGCCUCGCAUGCAGGAGUACGAGCUGAACCUGAGCCAGUGUGGACCCAUGGUGCUGGACGCGCUGAUUAAGAUCAAGAACGAGGUCGACCCGACCCUGACAUUCAGGCGGUCGUGCCGUGAGGGUAUUUGCGGGUCGUGCGCGAUGAACAUUGACGGGCGCAACACGCUGGCAUGCAUCACGCACAUCCCGAAGGACGAGCCGUCGAAGGAUAUGAUGAUCUACCCGCUGCCGCAUAUGUUUGUGGUCAAGGACCUGGUGCCUGACAUGACCUACUUCUACAAGCAGUAUGCAUCGAUCCAGCCGUGGCUGCAGCGCACCGAGGUGCCCGAGAACAAGGAGAUUCUGCAGUCGCCAGAGGAGCGCAAGAAGCUCGACGGUCUGUACGAGUGCAUUCUGUGCGCCUGCUGCUCCACCUCGUGCCCGUCGUACUGGUGGAACCAGGAUGUGUACCUGGGCCCGUCGGUUCUGUUGCAGGCGUACCGCUGGAUGGCUGACUCGCGCGACCAGAGCCUGCCUGAGCGCCUGUCCAAGAUGGAGAACACCUUCAGCGUCUAUCGCUGCCACACUAUCAUGAACUGCACACGGACCUGCCCCAAGCACCUGAACCCGGGCAAGGCCAUUGCCGAGAUCAAGAAGCUGCUGGCCAAGAACUAAGAAGCAUACCGGUUCUGCAUGCCACCAGCCGCUGUCUUCUCCGGACACUUUCAGCAACAAACACCCUGCAUUUUGUCCUGAGUGCCCAGUUACUGAAUACACACAUCUCUUGUUUC